GUUGCGGAAGAGGCAGGAACAGACGUUGGAGGAGGAGGGGGUUAGCAAAAUCAUCAUGGCGGGAUACAUGAAAAUUAUUAAUGGUUACAUCUCAGCAAGUUCUAAGUUUCUGGUUUUCACUGUGCUUUUGAUGUGCUUCCCCCAAACGUCACACCAAAACACGGGUAACCCACCUGCAAUAAUUGAUCUGCAAGAUGGGGAGCAGUACGUCAUGUCGGGGCCAAACCGGUUCUGUUACGAAAAUUCAGUUGUUCCAACCUGGAGGCAAACGUGGACAAGAAUUCAGGUGAAAGUGUGGAGCUCCAAGGUAUUUAAGGUGGAAACUGUCGAAGGCGAAGAAGAGCUGCAGGAGCUGGAGAAGUUCAGCUUCCGGAGCUGGUUUCAAAGUUUUCUACGCGAGCAGCACAAUGAAACUUUCAUUAACAUCAACCUGUUCAGCAAGAAGACCUGCUUCAGGGUGGAUCCUACUGCAGCAGCUCAGUACACCGUCAAACCCGUCCGCAAGUUUGAUAUCUAUCUGUUUUUGGUCUUCCUCUCUGGGGCGUUGCUGUUUGUUUUUGCAGAAUCCCUUAGCAGGAGUCAACUUUUCUUCUACUCUGCUGGAAUGAGCACAGGCAUGCUCGCCUCUCUCAUCAUCCUCUUUUUCAUUCUGUCACGCUUUUUGCCAAAGAAAAGCCCCUUUUAUAUGCUUAUUGUGGGAGGGUGGUCUUUCUCUCUGUAUGCCAUCCAGCUGGUCUGCAGGAACCUCGGCGUCAUUCUGCGAGAGCACUGGCACGCUGCAUUAGCUUACGUUACGGUGGUGGGGUUCGUCAGUUUUGCCGUGUGCUACCGUUACGGCCCUCUGGUGGACGAGAAGAACAUCAACAUCCUGUCGUGGACGCUGCAGCUGUUUGGGCUGCUUCUCAUUUAUCUGGGGAUUCAGAUCCAGCAGGUGGCCUUCGCCAUCAUCGUGGCGUCUUUGCUCUCCAAAAACCUGGAGUACCCGGUCAUCCUGGCCGUGACAGCGUGGAGGAAAGUCAGAGGCUAUAUUCACUGGAAGCCGCAGCCCCGUCGCCUGCUCACUGAGGAGGAGUAUCAGAGAGAAGGGGAAGAGGAGACCCGCCGUGCCCUGGAGGAGCUGCGGAAGUACUGCAACAGCCCAGAGUUCAGUCCCUGGAGGGCCGUGUCCAGACUUCAGUCCCCAAAAAGGUUUGCUGAUUUUAUCGAAGGAUCCCCCCACUUGAUGCCAAACGAGGUCUCCGUCCACGCCCAGGAAUAUGAUUUUGGGGGGAGUCUAUUUGAGGAGGAGUUCUUUGACACCGACGAUGAGGACGAGGAAGAACUCAAGCCCAUGAUGAAUCACGAGUGAGACGGUUGUAAAAAAACAAAAAAACAAACUGUUGCCGUCUCUCAGAAGAGCAGGUUGGGGAACACCUCACUGCGAAGGUCCAGACAGGUUUUCACGUUUGACGCAGAGACCUGAUGGAGGGGUAAAAAAAAAUCUCUGGACCGGAUUCAAGUCAGAACUAUCACUGAUGGAACCGUGGCGUCAGAUUUAUUAGUAAUGAAUUAAAAAGAGGGAAACAAAUGUUUUUAAAGAUUGUGCACCUCAGGCAUAUGCAUUCUUCAGGAGGAAAAAAAAAAAAAGCUUUAGUUAUGAACUAAUGAGCAGUAAUUUGGGGAUCGAGGGCCUUUGAGUUCUUUACAUGAAGCUCUCUCUGCUGAUAAGUGAGGUUUUACUUUCCUAAACUCGUUUACAACCAUCAGAAUCAGAUUGGACGGAUUAACGAGGACAUCCGCUUCACAUCUUCUCUACACUGACACAUUCUCUGUACCUUGAACCGCAGCCUGAUACUUUUGUAAUUAUUAUUUCAGAAGCGAGAUUGGGCAUGUGCAUUCUUAUGUUAUUUGUUUUAAUGGAUGUGCGUUUGGAAAAGAAUCACAAAAGUAUUUUGAAUAAAACCUUUAUAUAUUU